UCAACAAACUGCAUUAGCCAAAUACAAAUUUAAUUCUUUGCAAAAUAAAGAAAAACGGCAGCUCAUCCGAAACGAAUUUAUUGUGCGCUGCUAUUAACAUUGCAGGAAAUGUUAAAUUUGCUGGGUGCCCACAUCAUACACUAGUGCUGCCCACCUUGGAAAACAACUGGGCAAGAAGAAGAAGCAGACGAAGAGCAGAGCAAAAGUGAGCAAGGUGGAAGUUUCCACAAACAAAAAUAACUAACAAAUUCGCACAGAAUGCACAAAAGUGCGCCACCUUGGCAUUGUAUUUGCAAUUUAGCUGCCACGACAGCAGCUACAGAAAAAGCAACACAAAGUAGCGGCGCUGGCAGCAGAGCAACAAAUCUAGUGAUAAGGUCUGCAAUGUACGCAGCAUCAUUAUCAACUCAACCACCAUCAACCCCUGCCUCCCACAGUAUUCAAUGGCUGCUGCUAUUGGUGAUGCUCGCUCUGCAAUCACCGGCGGCAUCAUCGACUCACAUCAGCGGCGAAUUUCACACAGCCGACUUUUUUCAGUUCCUCAUCAAGUUCGGCUUUCAGAAAGCCGAUCCUCCCACGCCGCGUAGUGCCGUAUCCUAUGGCUAUAUAUACGGCAAUGUGACGUCACCGGACACAUACAGCGCGCCCGUUACGCUCGUUGUCCUGGACAAGUCGACAUUUGUGGACUUUUAUAGCAAUCGGAACUAUCGCAACAGGGAGCGCGCCUGCUCGCGCAUGUUCUCACGCCUGCAACAUAUCGUCUACGAUCCGGACUGCAAUCCCCAGGGCAAGCGUGACUUUCUGCGCCGUGUACCUUGCUCCCGAGGCCAGCUGUGCGUCGACGAAGAUGCUCCAUCAAAUGUCAUAGCCGGACAUCAGUUCACCUAUGUCAUAGACCUGGAGGCGGAGCCGCGCUUCUGGUAUGUGGCCUUGGUGGCCUGUUAUCGCAAUCGCAGUACCUGCGAGUGGCAUGCCCACGAGAAUCUGGCCAAGCUGAACAAUUCCAGCAGCAGCCUGCUGACCACCCUGCAGUAUGACAUCAACUUGGUGAAUGUGCAUCCGAAUGAUUCGGCCGCGCAUCCGCUGACCUUUCAGUACCCGUACGAUCAGCAGAAUCUGCUGGAAAUGUAUCUCAUAUUUAUGCUCGUCUACAUUGUACUGCUGCCGAUGCAAAUCUAUGCGGUGCGUCUUCAAAAGCAUCCAGUGACCAGACUUUUUACGCUCAGCCUGCUCAGUGAGUUUGUGAGCCUGGCGCUCAUCACGGCGCAUCUAAUUCGAUAUGCAGCCAACGGUGUCGGUGAGCCCAACAUGCAGGCUGCCGGCGAUGUUUUGGACAUACUGAGUCGCACGACAUUCAUGCUGAUUCUCCUGCUGCUAGCCAAGGGCUGGGCGGUGACGCGACAGCAAAUUAGCCGCACCGGCUGGAUCAUAUUGAUGUCAAUUUGGGUGCCAUACUGUGCGUUCCAUGUAUUUCUGUACAUAUGGGAUCGGACGGAGGUGGAUAUUAUAUCGGAUAGCGAUGAAUACCAGAGCUGGCCAGGCUGGAUUGUUCUAAUACUGCGCACUUCGUUUAUGAUGUGGUUUCUGUACGAGCUACGUAAUACAAUGAAGUAUGAGCACUCCAGCAAGAAGCUGGACUUUCUUUUGCAUUUGGGUGCAUCCAGUUUGGUGUGGUUCAUCUACUUGCCCAUUGUAGCUAUUGUGGCGUUACAGGUGAGUCCCAUGUGGCGCUACAAGCUGCUGCAGGGCAUCACAAACUCGGCCGACUGCAUGGCCUACUGUGUAAUGACCGGACUACUAUGGCCCAAUCGUGCCGGACAGUAUCUCCUGCUGGCGGGCACCAAGUAUGCGGGCAUGGAUGAGCUAGACGAGUUUAACGAGGCGCCACAUAUUGUUAGAGAACGCGAGCGUCGUCGUAAUUCGCCACCGGAUGAUAUAUCUAUUGGCACAAGCAGCGGUGGAGGUGGACGUGGCAUGGUGCUUUCCACUAGCAUACCACAUUCGCUCAAUGGCGACUUGCUGGAGGGGGAGGAUUUGAACGCCGAGUUACUUACUGAUCUGAACAAAAAUAGUCAUAUUGUGGCAUAGUUGAUCAGAGUUGGAGAAUAAUCAACGGCAGCAACGGGUUAAUUACUAAGCUUUGUAGUCAAAUGUGCUAAAUGAAGAAACGCAAGAAUGUUAAUCAUACUACACCCAUACCUAUAUA